AACGCUCUACACCUGCGAUGGCGACAGAUAUUGAGAAGAUACACAACCACAACGUGUGGUCGUUUGCCUGAACCUCCACUAUUUAUUGCCAGGCAUGCUCACAGCCAUAUACUAGAGUUUUUUGCUACCAGGAACUAGCAAAGAUAUCCGCCCACACCGUCAAUAUAAUAGAACACGAACGACCCGGUUAGUUGGCGUUGAAUUAUAGAAGGGUAUUGGCUCCACGACAAACGAAAAUUUGACAGGGCCAGUGAGAAUUACUGGCUUCUUACCGCCGGAAAAUCUUGGUCUGGGUAAGAUCUGGGGACCUGAGGAUCUGUAACAAUGGUGAAGGAACGAGAGCCUCCACGGGCCCCUGGCCUUCCGGCAGAAAAGAACGACAAGGCCCAGAGUAGACAGUCCUCGCAGCCAGGAUUUGGGCAAUCAGCUCCCCUAAGUUCAUUACAUCAGAGCAAGGGCCACCCGUUCAUCAUGCCGAAGGCCAAUAAGCCACGCCCAGAACAUCAUCAGCCGCCGCCACGACCCGAAGCACAACUCCAGGGGAAGGAUUAUCGACUCAAUCAUGACCAGGCACCAACCACGACCCUAAAGCAUGGAGGCAGUAUUUCCUCCCUGAGUCAGAGAUAUACAGGAUACGAUCCCCUGCGACCUGUAAAGCCAUCAGAGUACAGCAAUUCUCGAAGGCUACCAGGCGAUGACAGUGUAUACGAGAUAGUUAAGCCGUCAAAUAACAAUCGCACCACGCAACCUGCUCCCAUCCCUAUAUUCACCUCUCUAACAAAGCCGAAGAUGUCAAGACCGUUAAGCAACUUGCAGAAUUUCAUCGAUCUUACUGGCACUGCGACAAACGCCCGGCUCUAUGAAGAAGAAAUUGGCGCCAUGGAUGCUUAUAGCUAUGUUGAUGUAGAAAAGGCAAAUGAGAAUAUCAAGGCUCUGUUGGAAGGCGCUUUUGAGGAUGAAGAUGAUAAACCUCGCACGAGGCAGCGUCGAAAAAAGAUUGAGGACGAGAUCAAUGCUCUUGCUAGUAAGCUUCAGAAAGUUGCUGUUGGUGGGACCGCUGACGAGGGAGAAGACGAGGAAGAGGAAGAGGAGGAAGAAGACGAUGGCACUGUUGAGGGGUUGAAGAUCAAACUCCUUCCCCACCAGCGAGAGGGCGUCGAUUGGAUGAGGGAUAAGGAAUCUGGUGUCAAAAAGACACGAGGCGUGAUUCCCAAAGGCGGAAUUCUCGCUGAUGAUAUGGGUCUGGGCAAAACCAUUCAGACGAUCGCAUUGAUGCUUACGAACCCUUGCCACCCAAAAGAAAAGGUGGAGGCCAUGGAGGACAAAGAUAAAAAACAGAAGAAAAUACCCGCUGAAGUUGGGAAAGGCACAUUGGUGGUUGCACCCCUUGCACUGAUUAAGCAAUGGGAAUCCGAAAUUGAGAGCAAAGUUACAGACUCCCACCGAUUACGCGUCUGUGUAUAUCAUGGACCUCAGCGAACGAAACACGCCGAUAGUCUAUCGCAUUUCGAUGUUGUGAUUACCACAUAUGGUACCCUCAGUUCCGAGCAUGCAAGCUCCGAAAAGAAACCUACAGGAUGUUUCGCCAACCAUUGGUACAGAAUUAUCCUUGAUGAAGCACAUACCAUCAAAAACCGCAAUGCCAAAGCAACCCAGGCGGCCUGUGCACUGAGAUCUGAAUAUAGGUGGUGUCUCACUGGUACUCCCAUGCAGAAUAAUCUGGAUGAAUUACAGAGCUUGAUCAAUUUCCUCCGUAUUAAACCGUACAAUGAUCUUGCAGCAUGGCGAGAGCAGAUCACUAAACCAUUAAAUAAUGGGAGAGGCGGCUUAGCCAUCCGGAGGCUACAAGUUUAUCUCAAAGCGUUUAUGAAGCGUCGGACGAAAGAUGUCUUGAAAUUGGAUGGCGGAUUGGGUCAGGGAAGCUCUGACAGUAAGGGAGAAAACAAGGAAUCGCCACACGGAUUCAGAAUCACCAAUCGCGAAGUCUUGAAAGUUGAGGCGGAAUUCACCCCCGCGGAACGGGCGUUUUACAAACGGCUGGAACAGCGGACUGAUAAGACUCUAGAACGCAUGAUUGGCGGCGACAAUAUCAACUAUGCAAGCGCAUUGGUUCUUCUCCUUCGUCUCCGCCAGGCGUGCAAUCAUCCUGAUCUUGUAAAGAGUGACCUUGCUCAAGACAAAGAUGUGUUGAUGAACAAUUUUGGAGGCAAUAGCCAAUCCAAAACGGCCAAGGGAGAAGAAGAUAUUGAUAGCAUCGCUAAUCUUAUGUGUGGACUAAGCGUCACGACUAAACUUUGUGAUGUUUGUCAGGCAGAGCUGAGUUCCAAGGAAGCAACGAGUGGCGCGAGUAGAUGUGCGGAAUGCGAGGCCGAUCUGCAGACUCAAGCCAUUAGCCCUCGGAAAAAGAGCGAUAAGAAAAAGAAGAAGAAAGAUAAGAAGUUAAAGAAUAAAAAGAAACACCGGGAAUCCACAGAUCGUAAUUCGUCCGCUGAGAUUUCUGAAGUGCGUCGAGUGCGAUUGCAAAAGCAGCGUCUCAUUGUCGACAGUGACGACGAAGAUGAUGACGGGGAAUGGCUUGUUCCAGAUGGUGAACGACAGGUUGAAAAACUUGGGAACACUGGUGGAACUGAUGAUGAGGAUGCUGAAGGUGGCGGUGAAUGGCUAGGAUCUGAUGAUUCUGAAACCGACGAGGAUGAAGAAGACGAAACUAGAGACGGCUCAGGGAAGACAACGGAAGUUAUCAAUCUCGAUUCUGACGAGGAUGUGGACGAAACUGAUGGCGAUGAAAGCGAUGAUGAGCCCGAAACUCCAGAUCAUCUUGCUUCGACAAAGAUUAGACAUCUAAUGAAGAUUCUAAAAAAAGAGUCUGGGGACUACAAAUUCAUCGUUUUUUCGUUCUUCACCUCUAUGCUUAAUAAAAUCGAACCCUUCCUGAAGGAUUCUCAUAUUGGCUAUGCGCGCUACGACGGUGCGAUGAGAAACGACCUACGAGAACACAGUCUUGAUAGGCUACGCAAUUCCCCGAAGACUAGAGUACUUCUCUGCAGUUUGCGUGCUGGCUCCCUCGGAUUAAAUUUAACAGCUGCGAGCAGAGUUGUCAUUUUGGAGCCCUUCUGGAAUCCGUUCGUCGAAGAACAAGCGAUCGACCGCGUCCAUCGCCUUAACCAAACGGUCGACGUGAAAAUCUACAAACUAACCAUCAAGGGUACCGUGGAAGAGCGUAUCGUCGACCUUCAAGAACGCAAACGCGAACUCGCCAACGCCACCAUUGAGGGCAAGACCGCCGCCGCCAAACUCACCAUGAAGGAUAUGAUGGCGCUCUUCAGCCAUGAAGCUAGCGCGCGGUACAGUGGUGAGGAUGAUCACAAGCUGGAUCUUUCGGGGAAGACAAGAUUGCUAGGGUCGAGAGAUGACGACGAUCGGCUUCUUCAUGGCGUGUCCACGUCUGAUCAAAGUCGAAGAGCGACGCCUCCGCUUAUGCAGAGCAAGAAUAGUAGUCGGCAGCCCACGCCUGAAAGCUCUGUUUAUGGGCGGAGGUGGUGAAGGGUAGACAGUUAUUUUUGAAGCCCAUGUGCUCUUUAGACAAGGGCCAGAGCAUAUGCUGAGCGGCCCUCUUUGCCGUUUUUCCAAUAUUUAUAUCUGUGAUGUCUGGCGACUUUAGGUGGGAUUUGGGCUGGAUAUGGUUUUGCAUAUGGUUGUUGGGUAUGGGAAAUGAUCUAGAUCUGAUUUUUUCUUUUUCUUUUUUUUUUUUUUUUUCAAAAGGGGGUUUUGUUCUUCCUUUCUAUGGGGCCUUCGAUUCCUUCUAGAAGCUAGGUGGUUCCCCUUUUAAUUGCCCCUUUUCUUGCCUGCCUAUAAUCACAAUUUUUGGUCGUGUCAUACUGGACGUGCGGCUUGUUUGGGAACAACGGAAAAUGACAAACUACAUGAUAGAGUAAUAGAGUGUCUGUCACAUAGGGGUGAUGUAUAUGUAUCUUUGUUUAUUUUAAUGAUGUCACGAUUGAAAUUUGCAUUGAUAGAGGAACACUGGGCAAAUUCAUUAUAGCAGUCCCAUCGAUAAUAAUUACGGCGCACCGCCUUGAGCAACCCACCGACGAUACAUACAUAGUAUAUGGUUGUAUAAAGAGGACCCUUGCAACAAACCAUCAUUACCCCCGAGAUUGCGUAAUUCGUACGUAUCUUUUGGAUAAUGAUGUUCAUCUAUAGUAUCCCUAUAUACGGCAUUACGGAUUUCUAUUCUUUGUUUAAGCCCAUCAUGCUACACUGCUACACUACACGUAAACUGAGAAAGAAA